AUGCAUGCGCCGACGGCGCGAGGCCAAAUGGAACACCAAUCCAUGCCGCUGUGGCUCAGCACCUUCGAGGAGGACAUUGACACAUACAUCUUUAUUUCCUCAAGGGACAACAAACUUUAUCUAGGAAUCCUGAGAACGUAUGAUCAACAUGGGAAUAUAUUUCUAACGCACUGUGUGGAGAAAAUUAUAGUCUCGGAGCGGAACUACUUUUCUGACGUCUAUGUUGGAAACCUGAUCAUCAGGGGAGACAACAUCGCUUACUUCGGCUCCGUGGAUGAGGAGAAGUACGCAAAGAUGUUUGACUAUUCACAAGAAAAUAAGGCAGGAAAUGAAGCAGGGGAUACUUCAGAAGCCGAUGUGCAAAAGAGCCAAGGACCCCUGACCUCCGAAAAUGUAGUUCUACAGUACAAACCACUAAAUCAAAUUUUGAAUUACCUGCCGGAUAAUAAUCAGGACUCCGCCGUGUUUGAGAAUUAA